GUUUCUCAUUAUCAGCCAGACUCCUCCCUCUCUUUGACUGGCGGUGUUUCUCCUCCCUCCCUCUUGUGUGGAGAACUCGGCAGCGAGCGUUAAUCCCAGAUUGAGCUGCCCUGCCGUCUGCAUCCCGUUGUUGCUGGGAGAGCAUGGCACGGCUCCAGGACCCCUGUGCUCACACAGGAGAGCAGUGAACGAAUGAGAGAGAGGGAGAGAGAGACAGACAGAGAGAGAGAGAGAGAAAGAGGCAAGAGAGGGAGAAAGGAAAGAGGUACAGUUGGGCUGUUUCACGACUUGUCACAGCUGCUUGAGCGCUGCACUGAGUGUUAUUGAGUUUCAGUCACACACACUCCUCUCACAUAAACAAGGGAGAGAAGAGAGAAAAAGGGAAGGAUGACGUCCGGCUUGUCGCAGCUGUGGGUGCAAAUGUGAAUGAAGUAAGAGGAAACCUCGGUCACUGCCUGGGUUCCAUCACAUCGCAACAUCUCUCUGCUCAGUGUUGCGUCUUCCUCAACGCUCACACUUGAGAGGGAUUAAACUUUUUUUUUUUUUUUUUUCAUCUCCUGUUGGCACAUCCGGAACUCUCUGAGCUUCUGACAUGGAGUCUCCCACCAAAGAGAUCGAAGAGUUUGAAAGUACGGCCCUGAAGUACCUUCAGCCCGAACAGAUUGAAAAGAUUUGGCUCAGGCUCCGGGGACUGCGCAAGUACAAGAAGACGUCCCAGAGAUUAAGAUGUCUGGUGAAGCAAUUGGAGAGAGGAGAGGCUUCCCUCACUGACCUCAAGAAAAACCUUGAGUAUGCAGCGUCGGUGCUGGAAUCCGUUUACAUCGAGGAGACAAGGCGUUUGGUGGACACAGAGGAUGAGCUCAGUGACAUCCAGUCAGAGUCGGUGCCCUCGGAGGUGCGGGACUGGCUGGCCUCCACCUUCACCCGCCAGAUGGGCCUGAUGCUGCGACGCAAUGAAGAGAAACCUCGCUUCCGCAGCAUUGUCCAUGCCGUCCAGGCCGGCAUAUUUGUUGAGAGGAUGUACCGACGUACCUCCAAUAUGGUGGGACUCAGCUACCCCCCUUCUGUCAUAUCUGUGCUUAAGAAUGUUGACAAGUGGUCGUUUGAUGUGUUCGCUCUAAAUGAGGCCAGCGGGGAUCACGCACUUAAAUUCAUAUUCUACGAGCUGCUCACGAGAUACGACCUCAUUAGCCGCUUCAAGAUCCCGAUCUCUGCGGUGGUGUCAUUCGUGGAGGCCCUAGAAGUGGGAUACAGCAAACACAAAAACCCCUACCACAACCUGAUGCACGCUGCUGAUGUCACACAGACUGUACACUACUUGUUACUCAAGACUGGCAUGGUGCAUUGGUUGACUGAGCUUGAGAUCUUUGCCAUGAUCUUUGCGGCAGCGGUGCACGACUACGAGCACACGGGGACCACAAACAACUUCCACAUUCAGACAAGAUCAGACACAGCUAUCCUGUACAAUGACCGCUCAGUGCUGGAGAGUCACCAUGUCAGCGCGGCCUACCGCCUUCUGCAGGAUGACGACGAGAUGAACAUCCUCUACAACCUCUCCAAGGAUGACUGGAGAGAGCUGAGAGCUCUGGUGGUGGAGAUGGUGCUGGCCACAGAUAUGUCCUGCCACUUCCAGCAGGUGAAGGCCAUGAAGAACUUCCUACAACAACCUGAGGGCCUUGACAAGCCCAAAGCUCUGUCCUUGCUGCUGCACACAGCAGACAUCAGCCAUCCAGCCAAAAGUUGGGACCUCCACCACCGCUGGACCACCUCCCUACUGGAGGAGUUCUUCAGACAGGGGGACAAAGAAGCAGAGCUCGGCCUGCCGUUCUCUCCACUCUGCGACCGAAAGUCCACAAUGGUGGCACAGUCCCAGAUCGGUUUCAUAGACUUCAUCGUGGUGCCCACCUUCACUGUGUUGACGGACAUGAUGGAGCGUAUCGUCACACCGCUCAUCGACGAGGCCUCCCAUUCAGGUUUUGCCGGCUUUAGACGCUCGAGUCUGAACAGUAUUACCUCAGAGGAGGCCAAGAGGCACAGUGUGAAGAGCAUGGGCUCUGAAAGCAGCUCGUCGGGACAAAGCUCUUUGCUGACGGUGGACAUGAAGAACUUCAAGGCGUUGUGGAACGAAGAGGUUUAUCAGAACAGGGAGAGGUGGAAAGCGCAGGCUGGUAAAGAGGCGGAGGAGAGAGCUAAAAGGGAAGCGGAGGAGCAAGCCCAGCAGGAAGAGUCCAUGGAGCCCCAGGAGGUCCAAACAGAAUCAGAACAGCCUGAACCAAAUGAGGACAAACUGGAGGGGGAGGCGUCCGAGUCAGCAGAGGUCAGCAGACCACCAGAUGGUAACACAGGGGACACAGAACAGGGAGCACAGCCCGGGAGCGCCACACACAAGAGUCCUCCACUGCAGAACGGAGAGUUGUCUGAAGGAGCUGAAUCUCCAGAGGGCGAAGACAACAAGAACAAAGGAGUGGAUGCAGAGGUAGAGAUGGAGUAAACCAGCUGUCUAUUUUCAUCUUUGCUGCGCUGCCGUCGACCCGAACCCGAGAACUCAGACUCACGCCAGAGGGAAGGCCUUUUAGCUGGACUGUGUCGCCCUCUACAGGACACCAAGAAACUGACACCAACACUUCCUUUUUUUUGUCUCCAUAAUCAACUGCUUUAACUUUUUGCCAUGUUUAUACUCCCAGGCUCUUGUAUGCAGGAGCUUGCGGCUCUACCCAUGUGCGUUAUUCCUUCCUCCCUGCUUACUGAUAAAGAAGACGAAGGAGAUGAAUGACCGUAAGAUGGAUGAGGAGGAGCUAUUUGGAAGAACGACACUGGAAAAAGUUUCUUUUCUUUUAGUUGCCAAUCUUUUACUUUGCUCUAAGUCGUAUGUUUAACUCAGCUGCGGACAUUAGUCCCACAUCUCACUGCUGUGUUUUCUGCUAGUCUGUUUCACAGCGACUUUUCUUUUUUGGUCUUUACAGAAUAAUACAUAUUAGAUGUACAUUAAGAGGGACUAUACACUACAGUUUGUACAGGAUAAGAGUAUGUUUGUACAGUACACAGGGGUCUAUAGCUCUACUAUUUUACUAGCAAAUACUCCGAAAAAACAAAUCCACUCCAUGUAGGAAACUUUCCUCUUGUUAAUGGUCUCUUAUGUUUGCUGAAGCUACAACAAAAAAACUGUUUUACCACCAGUUGUGUCUCAUUCUUUUUCCCCAUUAACAUGUUUAUUUUCUUAGUGCUUUCCUCUGACAUUAACUUCUUAUUGUGCUCCUUGCAGCUGUUUUGUUCUCUCUCUCUCUCUGUGUGUUGUUGUCUUCUUUACUGUAUAUAUUGAAAGUUUGUAUAUGUGUGGAUCUGAGAAGGAGUACAGUAGAAACCCUGAUUCCACAAUCAACCAACGGUUAUAAUGUAAGAUAUUCUGGUGAAAAAAUGUCCAAUGAUUAGAAUGCAACUUUUGCAUUGCAGACAUAUCACACACAUACAAAUGCAUUCAAGUUUUUUGUAACAUAGAAAAUCUCUUUGUUUUGUUUUUCUUCGGUUUGCAUUCGUCAUCCACGAAUCGCGCACUAGAUGUGUCUAAUAUCCUCACACUGUAUGUCAAAAGACUUCUUCUCGAUGCCUUCUUCUAUGUAUUUAAGCUGUAGCAAAAAAAAAAGAAAAGGAAAAAAAAGUCAACAUUGUCGCCGAAUUAGAGAAAAAAAUCUUAUAUAUGUAUGUUAUUUUAUUUUGCAGUACAGUUGUGUCACAGCGGCUUCGCCUGCGAGGCUGCCGGUGUAAUGUUUAAUCGACGUGUUUACAGUGUGCUCGUACACCUAUUAGCCAUCAUGCUUUUGUGAUGCAUCCGAGGCUAUGAGUCCAAACUGUAUCUGCUUCUUGGUUGUUUGCCAGGUUUUUAAAGGCUUGUAAUGUUGUGUAUAGGAGAUGCAAAUAUUGCUUACUGUGCAUAUGUAACAUAUUGAACCUCUGCGACGCUCGGUUCAGCUUUUACUAUAUACUUAAUAUGUGCAAUUGGAAGAAAA